UACAUUGCAGCGAACACUUGAUAUUAAACUCAAGUAUUUAUCUAUAUGCUGACAAUCUGAUAAAAAUAUGAUGUAUGGAAUAUUAUUGUGAACGGUGUAUUAACGACAAAUUACAACCACCCAUGGUUGAAAGUGUGUGUUUAAUAUAGUUAUAAUGGAAAAAAAUUCUAAAUGGAUAACACCUUUUAAAAAGCAAUGCUUCGUAACAAUAGGUGUAUGUCUCAAUAUGUCCGGGCAUGGCCUCGUCAUGGGUUUUUCUGCUAUCCUGCUGCCGCAGCUCCGCAGACCCGACUCUGUUAUACCCAUUGAUGAAUCUUCGGGAUCUUGGAUAGCUUCAAUCCUGGGUUUCGCGUUGGUAGCAGGCAACUUCAUAGCACCGACCAUAAUGGCGAAAUAUGGCAGAAGAACAGCCAACCUGGUCAGUAUUGUGCCAAUGUUGGUCGGCUGGUUCUGUAUCAUCACAGCGACCAAUAUACCAUUACUCCUCUUCGCCAGAUUUCUUCAAGGAAUAUCUAUGGGCAUGAGCGCAACAUUGGGACCAGUUUUAAUUGGCGAAUAUACUAGCCCUAACAACCGAGGUGCAUUUUUAACAAGUAUAUCACUGACUAUUGCAAUUGGAGUCUUAACGGUGCACACAGUAGGCUCUUAUUUACCUUGGCAGACAGCGGCUUUAGUCUGCGCUUGUAUUGUCUUUGUGGAUUUGUUAAUAGUGAUCUAUUCACCAGAAUCACCCAGCUGGUUAUCUGAUCAAGGAAGAUAUGAAGAGAGUAAACGUGUCUUUAGAUGGUUAAGAGGAGAUGGUGAAGAAGAGGAACUGAAAGAGAUGAUAGAAGCCAGUAUAAUCAUUAGAGAAUCAAAGGACGAAGCCAAUUUGUCGGAAUCAUUUCUAAAGAGAAUGAAAGCUAAUAUGGCUUAUUUCUGUAUCACAAUACAAAAGAAAGAGUUCUACAAACCUAUUUUUAUUAUGAUGCAUGUUUAUACGCUAGGACAGUGGGCUGGUGCAAACAUUUUAGCAUCUUACACUACAGACAUCUUCCACAACGUAGUCGGAGAUGGGGUCAAUGUAGCUCUUAUGAUUAUCUUAUUAGAUAUCCAAAGAAUUAUCUCAAAUUCUUGUGCCGUUUAUGUUAUUAAAAAAAUCAAAAGACGUACCAUGCUCUUCAUCACAGUAGGCAUUAACCUUUUUGCGUUUCUAUCAAUCGCUGCAUACACUUAUGCUAAAUCUCAUAACUUAUUGCCAUUCGAUCAUCCAGCUAUUGGUAUUGCACUAAUACACAUACACAUGUUCUCUAUUGCAACUGGAACUGUUCCAUUGCCAUUCAUAAUAGCUGGAGAGCUGUUUCCUUUAGAAUAUAGAAGUUUAGCUGGCGGUAUAAGUGUUUUGUUCUUAUCUUCGAAUCUUUUUAUUACAGUUAAAACUGUAGCUCUUCUAUUUAAAACUGUAGGUAUAUAUGGUGCUUAUUUAUUAUACUUUUUCGUAGUAGGUUACUGCUUAGUUGUAGCAGGAUUGUUACUUCCUGAAACGAAGGACAGAACACUUCAAGAUAUUGAGAAUGAAUUUAGAGGUAGACCAUUAACUGUAGAUGAAUUAAAAUCUGUUCAGUCCUUGACAUCGUGGAAACAGCACAGUAAAGAUAGAAGAUGCAGCAGCCCUAUUAUUUAGUCUUUGGAAUCCUUGGAAUCCUCUAGGGCAGAGGUGAAAUUAUUUAUUUUGUUAGUACAAAUUUUAUGUGAUUUAGUAUUAAUGUCUGUUAAAACAGUAAUGCCAACCUUAAAACUUAUUGUCUCAAAUGAAGAAUUUAAAAAAAAUAUCAUGUUUGUAUUUGGGUCUGUAGAUAGUCAUAUUAAACAAAUAUACGAAAUUUAUGGCUUGUAUGAUAAAGUAAAUAAUUUGUUUAAACCCAUAGAAAUAAUAACAAGAACAUGUUUGGAUCGUAAACAUCUUUCUACAUAAAAACUAUGUUUGUACUAUUAGAUUACACAGUAAAAUAUGAACUUUAAUCGUAAGUGGUAAUUAAUGAUAAAAUGGUAAA